AUGGCGAAGACUCUAGCUCAGGGAAGGAAGCCUGGUAGUGGGCGCAAGCCUGGGAAGGCCAAGACCUUACUGGAAGGCAGGAAACCGGGAAGUGGACGCAAGAAACGGCAGGCGAUAGAUGCGAUGGGAGCAGCAUCACUUAGUGGAUAUGGGAGCUUUAAGGGUUUAAAUAAAUCGGGGGUUUUAAAGAAAAAGGAGGAACAGGCGAUGAUGGCUAAUAUGGGCUACGUUAGACAGAUGGUCACGCCAGUAAUUACGCCAACGUUGCCCAAUGCGCUUAUAUCUCCUGCCCAGUAUAUCACCAAUGAACGGGCUCCAAAUUUAAUACGGCACCAUGAACUAGAUGUUCUAGAUGCAUUUGAGAAAUUGAGAAAGUCGCCGCCUCCACAACAGGUACCGCAACUUCAGGCACAUCCAGUUCCGUAUAUUGUGCGGCCAAACCUACCAUGGCCCAUUGAUAGCCAGUCAUUACAAAGACCUAUACUAAGCCCUGUACCUACAUCAGCUACGGUAAAUGUCGCAGAUAUUAGCGUGCAGAACGGUAAUAAUGAUCAUAUAGUACCGACGUCAAAUACGACGCAGUGA